AUUUAUCCCUGAUAUUUUUCAAUUAGAAAAUGUCUUCGUGGCUCUUGCGUCCGUUGUCCACGGUCUCCGUUCAAGUGCGAAAUUACGGUCGGUUCGGUCGGAAGCCGCGGAUCACAAAACCCCGCCCAUCUCAUACUUACCGGGCUCUAGUUGAACAUAUAGUGCAGCCAAAGUAUGUCGAUUUCGUGAAAUUGUUACCCCCGAAUGAAACCUGUGAAUUGAAUGCGCACUACCAAAGUGUGACUGCCGCAGUGGAAACGAACGUGACUAAAUAUGAAACCCUGCUUGCGCGAGAAGCCCUCAUGAAGUUUCAGAGUUCACAACUGACCCUGAUAUUUCAUCGAAACAAGAUGGAGGGCUGGGAUUACUUCGAUGCGUCCCUCGCCUUGCACAAAUGUGGAAUCAAGGUGGAAGCCAUAGGGAAAAAAAUUUUGCAGAUUGCUCUGGACGGAACAAAAUACUCCAACAUUCUACCCAUCUUCACUGGUCAUCAGUUAAUAGGGUUCGGAAUGGAGAAAAGUGAUCCGAAAUCUGUGAAAGCCAUUUUCAAGGCGUUGCGUCGAACACCCGGUGUGGUGUUGAUGGCUGGCAUUCUUCAGGAUAGAAUCAUGAGUACAUCUCAGCUUAAAAGCUACUCAGAAUGGGGGAACAAACAUGCGGAGUUGGUGUCGACGUUGGCUACUGUCGGUGGUGCUGAUCUUUCACGUUUGGACGCUGUCAAGUCCCCGAGAGUCACGACCCAGCUCUUGUAUUUUAUUCUGAAAAUCUUUAUCCUGUUUCCAAAAGACAGGACGAACCUCGAUCACGUGUCACGUAUUGAAAAUAAUAUUCCUUGCCAAGUUCUUCAAGAUGCAACUCACAAACUUUUCUUGACGCAGUGUCCAGCCGUGAGGACGACUCGGGUUCAAGCUGUCUGUUGCGUGGCACUGCUUGACGGUUUCAGACAAAUCCUCGUGGCCUGCGUUUCUGUGCUCAAGUCACAGUUCGCGACGUUCGACGCGUCCAUGUUUCCACCGAUGCUCGUGUCUGUCCCCCAUCCAGAAACGCUGACAACUGUGCCAGUGCUGAAAGAAGUUGAUGUUGACAAACUGAUUGUUUUGACAUUCGUAUUGUCUAUGGUUGCUGCCGUUUUUAGCUUGAUGAUCCCGAUGUUUUUUGGGUCGGAUCCUACGAAAGAUGACGGAUAUAAGGGAUACACGAAACCGAAUCCGUUGAUCUUCUGCUCUGCAUUUUCACAAAUCCUCGUGGCCUGCGUUUCUGUGCUCAAGUCACAGUUCGCGACGUUCGACGCGUCCAUGUUUCCACCGAUGCUCGUGUCUGUCCCCCAUCCAGAAACGCUGACAACUGUGCCAGUGCUGAAAGAAGUUGAUGUUGACAAACUGAUUGUUUUGACAUUCGUAUUGUCUAUGGUUGCUGCCGUUUUUAGCUUGAUGAUCCCGAUGUUUUUUGGGUCGGAUCCUACGAAAGAUGACGGAUUAUUCCCUAUCGAUGACCCGGAUUUCGCGAUGAGCCGGAUUUCGAAAUUAGCGGAAACUUGCAAGGAUUUUUGGACGCAACUUCCAGCUGUGAGGACGAUUUUUGGCGAGAUCAGCGACCCUGUGCAAAUUGUGAUGAUUCCGAAUAACGACGCGUCAAUUCGAGCCAGGUGUUCGAAGCCUGUCCUCGACGUUGCUUCCGUUCCCGACACAAUUACCGGCUUCAUCAUCAUCAUCAUCAUCGUGGGAUGCCCCAUUUUUUUCAUCCGGUGGGCUUUUGGUCUGUUCAACUUUGACCGGAUCCCGUCGUAUUUCCAGUGCCGCGUUGCACACGACGAAGGCAAAGUACGUCAUGACGAGGGCGUGGCACGUGGAUGCGACUAUUGCGAGUCUCUGCCCUUCGUCAUCGACAUCGACAUCCGUGUCACCCGUGGGUUGUUGCUGUUGUUUUUGCUUCUGUGA